AAAUAUUGAGAGCUUAAUUUUCCUAAGAGCUUGCAACACGAAUAUCCAGAACACAAUCGUUAUACCUUCUUAAUUGUUUUUACGAUCACAUGUUUUAAGAAAUGCAAGUAUACAUUUAAAAUAAAUCAGGUAGUAAUUUUUACUUAAAAAUGUCCCGUAAUCCAGAGGGUAAAAACAUGAAAAAUUCGGAAUUCUUAUACGGUGAAUCGAGCUUCGACUGCCGAGAACGUUCAGACAGGCAAGAUCUGAUACGUAAUUUAAGCCUUGCCCACGAAAUGGCACUGUGCGAUAGGGUCUUGGCAACAUCAUCAGCUGCCUACGAUGCCAAUUCACCACUUCGGAACUCGAUAAAUGUUCAAAUGCACCAAGAUUUUUGGCGUGCGUUCCAAGAGGAAUUAGACCGGGUCCCAACCAAGCUAGACACGGCUUUCGUACUUUUAGGAGAAAUUAGGAAAAAAUUGCUCUCAGUGAUGACUCCAAACGUGAAGAAAAUGAAGGCCGAUGUAAACAGGAUCCUUGACCCGGAAGACAUAAAGGCAAAAAUCGAAAACGGGACGUUCGUGUUGGAACAAUACGCCAAAUAUUUGUUUUCUGUUAUGAAACGGCUCUGUGCCCCGAUUCGCGACAAUGACAUUUUGAAAUUGUCCCAGGUGAGAGAUCCUGUCGCGAUGUUCCGAGGCAUAGUCGAGAUUCUUGAUUUAAUGAAACUUGACAUGAUCAACUACAUGUUGUCGGGAAUUAAGCCAUACGUUAUGGCCAACGAUGUAGAUUACGAACGCACCAAGUUCGCCGAAUACAUAUCACGGUUCUGUAAAGGCCUUCCAAUAACAAGGGCCUGGCUAGAAAAAUACAACAACCCGAAUAACGAUAUGAAGAAAAUAUUAAUUGACGCUUACAUGGGCCUCUUGACCUGGCCGGACGACUCGUAUCCGGAAACGCUCGUCUUGGAUUUCCCAAAACUCGCAUAUUUGAAACACGAAUAUUAUUUAGUCGUCACUCUAUCGUCGAUAAUGUUGAUCGCUUGUUCGUUAUUUCCUAUUAAACUAGACGAAGACCAGGAAACGUGCAAAAACAUGAAGGCGAAAAUUAAAAUGCUGUUGACCGAGGUGAACGACGACGCGCUUUUGCAGAAAUCAAUCCCGCACAUUGUAGAACACAUCCAAGUAGACGCCGACAGAGCACUCAAAAAACACGGGAAGCCGACAUUGACCCAGUACGACCUAAAAGGAUUGGCGAGCCAGCUGGAAACUCUCGUCUUGCCGAACAACAAAAUCAAAUCCAUUGUCAGACUCCGCGUCGAUGGCUAUUUGAAAAAUACGUUAAACGGCAAUGAAAAUAUCGACAUGCCGACGUCGCUGGGCUUUGUCAAAAAAGAGUUGUCAGCUCUCGGCUCACAGUUCGCUUACCUUGUAGGUCAUAACUUCAGCGUUUGCUCCCAUCAUUAUGCAAAUAUUCUCGAAUCUUGAAUUCUGCACCUGGGAAAAUAUAGCCCUGGAAAAGCGG